AUGGCUGCUACACGUGGCCAGACCCUGGGCUCCCUCCUCACCCUUCUGCUGGGACUCACAGCUGGAAAGCCCUUCAUUUCUCUGACGGGCCCAUCUCAGAGGACAACCCCUGGAAAUCCGGUGCCUUUCAACUGUACUGCUGGCCCCUUCAGCUCCUGGGACUUCAAUGUCACCUGGAUGAAGGGCAGAGACGAGCACCCAGCCUCAGCUCAGCACAUAGUGACUAACGACAAAGGCAACUAUUCCGUCACCAGCAAGGUGUGGGUGACACUGGCUCGCCAAGAUAUCUUACUGGGGAUCACCUGUGAGGUCACCCACAGAGAGCUUGAGGAGCCCCUGCGGAAGACCAUGAACCUGUCCCAAGUACUCCAAGUUGUCCCCACCCUGAAGAUCACCACCAAGACCUCCGGGAUACACAUCCAUGUGCAUCAGAGAGUGAAUCUCACCUGCCACGCGGGCCACUUCUACCCCUCCCACCUGCGUCUCACCUGGAUGGAGAACAGACACAAGGUGCAGACGGUGGAGUCGCCGCAGGUCACAAGAAACCCAGAUGGGACCUAUUCUUUGGAGCACACCUGGCAGGCAGAGGCCACGCUGGAGGGGAGCGAGUUUGCCUGCUGGGUGGUCCAGGAUGAGCAGCCCCCAGUCCAGGCCAACAUCACCCUGCAGGCCCAGGGGUCAAGGUCAGGGAAAGGUCGGAGCAUCCACCCUUCCUCCUUGCAAGGCCCCCUCCAGCGAUCAGAGCCGGGCACAAGCAUCCAGCUGACCUACAUGUCCUCUGGCUUCCCCUCACGUCACGUGACUGUGACCUGGCUGAAGAAGAACCGCGAGCUCCCCAAGCAGCAGACCCACGUUCACGCCAGCGGAGACGACACGUACAACGUGACCAGCAGAGUGCUCGUCCCUCUGCUGGCUGACGACGUGCUCUCUGUGGUCCAGUGCCACGUCAGUCACAAGUCCAUGCUGGUGCUCCACAAAAACAUCAGCCUGGACCAGUACCUCCUUGUUCCCCCCACAGUGACAGCUUCCCAGGCUUCUUUCUCCGUGGACUUGGUGGCUAUUACCUGCCACGUGCAGAGAUUCUAUCCACAGAGUGUGCAUCUCACCUGGACAGAGAACUGUCAUACCUUCGAGGGAGCCGAGCAACUUACAUCCAAGCAGAAUAGCGAUGGGACCUACACCUUGGAAAGCUCGCAUUUAGUGAAUGUGUCGGGGCAGGAGUCUGAGCGGGUCCUCACCUGUAAGGUGCAGCAUGAGGCACAACCUCCCAUCCAGGCCAACCUCAUACUGUCCAGAGCAGCCCACGGCACAUACAAGCCCAUGGAAAGCUUAGGUCCACAGAUGCCUGUCCUUAUCUUUGUGGCUUUCCUUCUGGGCUUCAAGGUGUUGCUGGUGAUGAGUUUCAUAGUCACAUACAUCUGCAGGCGGCGGAACCUGUAACAGCUCAGUAGCUAUUAGUGGAAGCUGGUGCAGAAUGAGGCCACAAGCCAACCACCCCCAGGUGUCCAGAGCUCAGGAGAUGGGACACAGCCACCAAUUGCAGAUCCUUCUUGGCCUGGGACUCCCAAGUGGAGAAUCACCAUGAAGACCUCAA